AUGUCGCGGAACGGCACCGGCGCGCGCCACGCCCCCUCCACGGGUCUCGGUGCGCCCGUCGUCGACCAGGACGAGACUUGCCCCGUGUGCAAAACAACGCGCUACUUCAACCGGGACAUGGAGUUCCUCAUAAACCCGGAGUGCUACCACCGCAUGUGCAAAACCUGCGUCGACAGAAUCUUCAAGGACGGGCCCAACCAGUGUCCCUACGCCACGUGCCGCAAGACCCUGCGCCUGCGUGGGUUCAAGUCGGCCUUCUUCGCCGACCUCACCGUCGAGCGGGAGGUGGACAUACGCCGCCGCGUGGCCCAGGUGUUCAACAAGGUCGAAGACGACUUCGACACGCUCGACUCGUACAACAAGUACCUAGAGUACGUGGAGGACCUGACGUUCAAGCUCGUCAGCGGCACGCCCGAGGCCAAGAGCGAGGCAGAGGGCGAGCUGGCCGCCUGGGAGGCGCAGCACAAGGCCGAGAUCGAGCGCAACAAGAAACUCGCGCGCGCGUCCGACGACGCGCGCAAGAGGCGGCUCGCGGCCGAAGAGGACGCCGCCAGGCAAAGGCGCCUGCGGGACCUGCAGGACGAGGCCGAGGAGAAGGCCAGCGCCGCGCGGUUCCGCGAGGAGAUGCUCGACUCGCUGCAGAGCGCCGACGCCGGCCGCGCCGCCGAGACAAUGGACAAGAUCAUGCUCAAGAAGCGAGGCCAGCAGAGGAGGGACGCGGCGAGGGACGCGCUGUCCGACGCCUCGGGCGGGCUGUCGAUCCGCGGACUGCGGGACAAGACGCGCGGCGCGGCGGACGACAACGGGCCCUACGACCCGUUUGGGGGCCUGCGCCUCGCGCCCAGCAGAGUCGACCUGGGGCACGACAGGCUGCAAGAGUACCACAGCGAGUGGGUAGACGUGACGCGCUCCAAGAGCGACUAUCUCGUCGGCGGGUACAGCGCCGACGAGUACAUCUCGCGAGCCUUGUACGAGGCCUUUUCGGGGCUGGGCGUGUUCAUCGCCGACGACGAUGCGGACCGGAUUGCUGCUGCCGGCUCCAGCGAGGCUGCCGCUCCAGGCGGGAGACUGGACGGCGGCGAUGCGUUGUAG